CGCAUUUUUGUGUUAUGUUUGUGUGUGUUUUGUUUGUUGUUCGUAAUACCACCCAACCACCACCACUUACCGCCUGCCGUUAACGAUCAUGCAUAGACCAAAGCUAGCAAAUCCUAUAACUGCUGCCGGUAUUGCCUCAUCCAUAUCAAACAACAACAACAACAAAUCAAAACGUGCACGUCAAUUCAGCAAGCCCACAACGGCCGGCACAGCAGCAGUGGCAACAGCUAAAGAUUCUGCAGUCGAUUUGUCAUCGCCACUCUACGAUAACCAUUCGCACUCCUCACUAAUUGACGCUUCAAUUGAUUUAGAACAUUACAUCAGCGCCAUGGAGGCACGACGCAAUGACAACGAGCCGGAUGUGUGGGCUCAAUUACAGCAAAAGGAAUCGGAUAUACUAUUAGCAGCGGAGCUAGGGAAAGCGUUGCUAGAAAAGAACGAGGAGCUGGUCAAACAGCAGGAGAAAUUAAUUGAGGAUUAUUCAGGCAAAAUUGAGAAACUUGAGCAGGAGAAGCAUGUGCUGCGCCAGAAGCUGGCCAUAGCGGAGGAUGAGAGCGACCAACGUGUGCUCGAGCUGCAGUCAGAUCUCAACGAGCUAAAGGACAAGCUGCAAACACAGGAUGUGGCCAUCAGGCAGGCGGAAAAGGAAAAGACCAUACUCAUCGAUGAGCUGCAGCAUCAGAAUACACGCUUAACAGAACAGAUUCAGGAAGCACACGCCACCGAAAUGAAGCUCAGCGCACAGAUACAGGAGCUCAAGGACCAAUAUCACUACAGGAACAGCAGCCUACAAGAGCACGUCAACAGCCUGGAGUCCAUUAAAACCGAACUAAACCUCACCACGGGCAAACGCCAAGAGCUGGAGCGUCGCUUGCAGCACGCCCAGGAGGAGAAGGAAAGCCUCACCUCAUCGCUGGAGGAGGCUUCGGACCGAAUUCACAUGCUGGAGCGUCAUGCCCGCGAGCAGGAAACAAAAUUAGAGACCACCUUACAAGCACUGGAACGCUCUCAGCGUGAGAACAAUGUGCUUAGCGAGCGCUUGGGCGCGGACGCCAACUCUAGUACUCCGGGCAAAAAGAGUCUGCAAUUCGAAAUGGAAUGUGAUGAGGACGAGGCCAGCUUCUCGGAAUCGGGCAAGCCGAGCCAAAUGUGGAUUGAGGCGCGUUCUGUUUACAUACAACUGAAAUCCCUUGUAGACUCGCUCAAGGUGGGUCACGAUGAUGACUCAGGUCUGAAUUCUGAUAUAUCGUUGGAUCUGGAGUCGAUGGACAAUACGAUGUCCAGCACAGAGCGCAAUGAUAGCGAUCAUAUGGCCAUUGAGUUCCGGCAAGGCAUGCUGUCAGCCAUGUCGGAUGAGCUGACGCGAUUGCUUCUCAACUUGGAUGCGGGCAACUUUAAGAAAAUGCUGGACCAAACGCGCAAUCUAGUGCUGGAACAGGAGGAUGAGAUCAAGCGCAGCCAUCAGCUAAUACAGCAGCUGGAGGCCAAGGUCACGGUGACGGAUGUGGAGCUGCAAAAUGUGAAAGAAGAGCGAGAUCAAGCACGUGGAGAUCUCGUCGAUAACACCGAUCGCGAUGAGCUGCUGGCCAAGGCGCAAAAGGAACGCGAUGCGGCCAACGAACGUCGCACAAAGGCCGAGGUGGAGCUGGCCAAGACGCGCGUCGAGCUGAUGCAGGCCAAUAGCCAGCUGCUGGAGUCUAUUCAGCAGAAGGUGGAGCUAUCGCAGCAGCUAGAGCAAUGGCAAAUGGAUAUGCAGGAGCUGAUCGAUGAGCAAAUGCGAUCCAAACUAAUCAACAACCGUCGCAAUGCCCCAUCCGCCGAGACAACGACGGCGGCGCCCAGCAGCGCGGCAGCCCAGUUGGCCAAGCGGGUCUCCAGCUACAAACUCUGGAGCUUAUUUCAGCGCUAAGUGGACAAAUUUAACAAUACGCUGGAAGAUCUAUGCAACUCUUAUAUUCUUAAUGUAGGAAGGAUCAACUACACAUAUAUUUUUAAUAUUUAUACACAAAAGAGAGCCUAGGCAUAUAUAUAU